CUCGUAUAACGGUCUAAGGGGACACUGUGGAACAGAUGGAGGGGCUGCAGUAAGGAGGAGAAAGAAACAGUCUAUUUUAGGGUAGCAAGUGCCUACCUCCCCUAAGCGAGAAAAAUCCGAGUGGGUUUGACGCCGGGAGAGGGUGGGGGUCCGAGGGAGCCCCACGCAGCCCCGAAGGAAUAAAGCUCGCCCGCGGCGGUGCGUCCCAGGGGCGGCUUUUGCAGUGCGUAAGGGCGAACGCGGCAGCCCUUCCAUCCGUCCAUCCAACCAUCCAUCAUCCUUCCGUCCGUCCACCCAUCGACCGAUCCAUUGCCUGGUGCCGAGUCGCCCUUCGGAGCUAGAGGAGGAGGGCGCAGAAGGAGGGAGCUGGCGGCUGGAGCCGAUCGCCGGCCGUGACGGCGGCAGUGGAGUAGCCGAGCCGAUCAGGGCGCGCGCUGGCUCGGGUGUUGACCACAGCUCACGGCGGCUCCUCUUCCGGAGCAGGAUUCUCGCCGACCCUAAGGCCCCCGACAGCACCGGACCGAGCCCCCAGCGCCUGGCCCAGCGAAGCGCAUCCGCCUCCCCGGGGCGCGCCGGGCUCACUCCCCAGGCGCGCACGCGCGCGCGCGCACUCAUACACACACGUGUGCGCUCCUGGGCUCCUGCUCUCUGCGCCGCCAGGGGAAGGCAGGGACGAACCGCUCCACUCCUUUAAAUAUAUAAAUUGCAGCCUGGGUCUGCAUCCGCGUCCCCUCCUGUCAUUUCGCCAGCUGCCAGCCCCGGAGACCGUUUUCAUCUCUUUGCCUUUGGCUUGAGGAGCCGGGUUCAGAUUCGCCACUCCGCCUCGGAGACUGACACACUGAACUCCAAUCCUUCCUCUUCAAUUUAUUUCUGCCUAAUAGGUCGCUACUCGCCUGUUUCGCUACUCGCCUGUUCUCUCCCCAAUCCCCCCCCCCCCCCUUGCAUCGCAUCGCUCCAGGGGAGAAAGUAAUUCUUACUCCCUACAGUCAGGCUUCCCUCAGCCCAUCCCACAUCUUAAGAUUUUCACUUUUGGAACGACCUGCGUGGGUUUUCUUUCUUUUUUUUUUUAAAAGAGGAAUUCAAAGAUACUUUUUUUUUCCCCUAUUGGGCAUUGACUUGAUUGUUUCAAACGUUUCAUAUUAAAAAAAAAACUCUACCUGAUUAGUAGUUCUGUUUUUUUAACUUAAAAAAAAAAAACUUUUCCCAAAACAUGCAUUGCUGUGUGCUGAGCGCCUUUCUGCUGCUGCAUCUGGUCACGGUGGCGCUCAGCCUGUCUACCUGCAGCACGCUCGAUAUGGACCAGUUCAUGCGCAAGAGGAUCGAGGCCAUCCGCGGGCAGAUCCUCAGCAAGCUGAAGCUCACCAGCCCCCCGGAAGACUACCCUGAGCCCGAGGAGGUGCCCCCGGAGGUGAUUUCCAUCUACAACAGUACCAGGGACUUGCUCCAGGAGAAGGCCAGCCGGCGGGCGGCCGCCUGCGAGCGGGAGAGGAGCGACGAGGAGUACUACGCCAAGGAGGUUUACAAAAUAGACAUGCCGUCCUACUUCCCCUCCGAAACUGUCUGCCCAGUUGUUACAACACGCUCUGGCUCUGUGGGCAGCUUGUGCACGAGACAGUCCCAGGUGCUCUGUGGGUACCUUGAUGCCAUCCCGCCCACCUUCUACAGACCCUACUUCAGGAUUGUUCGUUUUGACGUCUCAGCGAUGGAGAAAAAUGCUUCCAAUUUGGUGAAAGCAGAGUUCAGAGUCUUUCGUUUGCAGAAUCCCAAAGCCAGAGUGCCUGAACAACGGAUCGAGCUGUAUCAGAUUCUCAAAUCCAAGGAUUUGACAUCACCAACCCAGCGCUACAUUGACAGCAAAGUUGUAAAGACAAGAGGAGAGGGAGAAUGGCUCUCCUUCGAUGUAACCGAUGCUGUCCAUGAAUGGCUUCACCAUAAAGACAGGAACCUGGGAUUUAAAAUAAGUUUACACUGUCCAUGCUGUACAUUUGUACCUUCUAAUAACUACAUCAUCCCAAACAAAAGUGAAGAGUUAGAAGCAAGAUUUGCAGGUAUUGAUGGUGCCUCCACAUAUACCAGUGGUGAUCAGAAAACUAUAAAGUCCACUAGGAAAAAAAACAGUGGGAAGACCCCACAUCUCCUGCUAAUGUUGUUACCCUCCUACAGACUUGAGUCACAACAAUCCAGCCGGCGGAAGAAGCGUGCUUUGGAUGCGGCCUAUUGCUUUAGAAAUGUGCAGGAUAAUUGCUGCCUGCGUCCACUUUAUAUUGAUUUCAAGAGGGAUCUUGGGUGGAAAUGGAUACAUGAACCCAAAGGGUACAACGCCAACUUCUGUGCUGGUGCAUGCCCAUACCUAUGGAGCUCAGACACUCAGCACAGCAGGGUCCUCAGCCUGUAUAACACCAUCAACCCAGAAGCUUCUGCUUCUCCCUGUUGUGUAUCCCAAGAUUUGGAGCCGCUGACUAUUCUCUACUACAUCGGCAAAACCCCCAAGAUAGAACAGCUUUCCAACAUGAUUGUCAAGUCUUGCAAAUGUAGCUAAGAUUCCCGACCACGUGACCAGACAAGAAUUACAGCGAUGAUGAUAAUGAUGAUGAUGAUGAUGAUGAUGAUGAUGAUGAUGAUGAUGAUGUCAAUGAUGUUCACCACAAGAAAACACAAGAGAGCCUUGAUUUAGCAGUGUUAAAAAAAAAAAGUCUUGAGAAAGCGGUACCAGUUCGUGUUCUGUUUGUUAAAACUGGCAUUGAAAGAAACAAACAAACAAAAAAAAUGGAAGGCUUUAUUCUGCAUUUCACCUCCUCUUUAAGUGAGAGACACAGAAGCAAAAUCUUUUUUUAAAGAAAAAAUAAACACUGGAAGAAUUUGUAAGUGUUAAUUAUGUGAAAGAAAACAAAAAACACAAAACAAAACCCAGGAAAAUCCUGUUCAGUGGAGUUGUUGUCCAUGCCUUUCCUAUCCCACGCCUCACUUGAUUUUUCUGUAUUGCUGAGAAAUGUGCAGCCGCCCUUCCCAGCCUUCGUGUUAACCAUGAGUUAUUUAUUGUGUGUUACUCUAUAAUGAACGUUUCAUUGCCCUUGGAAAAUAAAACAGGUGUAUAAAGUGGAAACCAGAAACGUAUGGCUGGCUGAAGGAAUUUGAACUCAAAUGAGCCAGAAAAAAAAAAAGAAA